GCCUCAUCUCCCUGGGAGGCGUCCGCUCGUUUUGCAUUACCUACGCAGGGGACACAGACCCACGGCAGAUCUUCUUCAUAUACCUACAAGAGUGCCAUAACCGCCAGGAUGCUUCAACCACCGACGACAGACUCGCCGCGCCCACUGAGUGUCAUGACCACCGCAUCGCAGGCCGACCACUCGGGCGUCGCCUGGACCCAAGACGUGAACCAAUACAAUGCGUGGGACGAUUUGAUCUUAACGCUAGAUGGUGGUGGCAUUCGGGGCUACUCCAGUCUCCUCAUCCUCAAGUUCCUCGUCCACGAGAUCGUCGUAUGCGAACAGCGUCUCCAGAAGGAAGAAGGUCCUGUUGUUGAAGAAGAACCGCAAACUUUUGACGAAAACACCCUCCUCCUAUGCCACUACUUCGACUAUAUGUACGGCACUAGCACCGGCGGCCUUAUAUCAGUUAUGCUAGGGAGGCUUCGUAUGACUAUACCAGAGUGCCUGGACAUAUACCGCGAGGUCGGCAACGACCUGUUUGGACACCGACGCAACAUACUGCCUCUCGCGACUAAAUACCACCACAAGCCUUUGGAGAAAGCAGUCAGACGAAUCGUCCGGCAGAACUGCAAACACCACAGCAAAUGUGACGGAGAGGAUUGGCAUCCGUGGAGCGACAAUGAGCAGUCCGAGAGUUUCUCGUCGCUGCCAGAAGACGAGACGUGUCAGGCAGAAGAGGAAGAAGAUGAAGAUGAACACAUAGUCCCACAAACAGACUCAAAACGGAUAUGCCAAACAAUCUGCCUCACCGCCACGCACAGCGGCCAAAUCGACGAAGCCUACCUUUUGCGCACCUAUGACCACCAAUACUCCGACUCAACCCCCGAAUGGGUCACCCCUUACAACGAGGGCGCCGAUCACCUCAAGAUCUGGCAAGUCACGCGCGCCACCUCCGCGGCCCCCUUCUUCUUCAAAAUGCUCGAAGCCGAGCUCCACGGCCGCAAAAUCGGCUUCAAAGACGGUGGCAUCCGCGAAAACAACCCCUCCUACGCCGCCUACUCGGAGCACGCCUCGCUGCGCGGCGAGGACCAGAUGCCGGGGCUGCUCCUCAGCGUGGGCACCGGCCGCCCAGACCAUACGCAGGACGGCUUCGCGAGCGCGUGGCCGGGCCCCUUCGGGAUGCGCAAGUUCACGAAGAAGUGGGCGGAGAAGUUCGCGGUCUUCAAGAACGUGCUGAUCAAGUACACGGAGGGCGAGGAGCGGCACAAGAUGAUGCGCACGAUUGCGCGCGGCGAGCACCACUGGUACAAGCGGCUGAACGUGACGACGGGGCUGGAGAACAUGAAGCUGGAUAACUGGGAGAAGGGCCCGCGGUACGACCCCAGGACGAAAAAGAUGGAAAUAGUGCCGGGUGGGAAGACGCUGAGUUGGAUGGAGAAGGUCACGGAUGACUAUUUGACGCGCGAGAAGGUGGAUAAGGAGUACGCGGCGCCGAAGCUGAUGCUCGCGCAGACGGCGGAGAAGCUGGUCCGGCAUCGGCGGGCGCGCGAGCGCACGAGGUUGGAAGAACCGGAAAGAUGGGAAAGUUUUAUGGGGAGGAGGCUG